GUUUUACUUUUUUUCUUAACUUGGCAAUUGCCAGCCAAAAAAUUGGUUAACCACAUGGUACACCUAUAAAUAAAUCUUCUAUCCAUUAGUAGCUUUCUUUGUGUGGAUUAGCAAAAGAUUUUAGUAUGUUGAUGCAUUUGGGGGUAGUUGUAAGACGACUAUGGUUUGCUCAUGCGUACAGCAUUUUGUUGAUUUUUGUAACCCCGUCUAAUAAUAAAAGGAGGCCUAGUAUUACAAGUAUAACAGAUAUGACCAACCCAGAGCAGUAUUUAAUUCUUUUAUGCUCAAUUCAUGACUGCCAUCAAUGUCAACUGUCCUUCAACCAUUAAAUACCUGAAAUGUUUCAUACCUUGAUCAUCUAUAUCCUCACUUUUAGUGUUGGUUUCCAAAGUUUAACAACUUGAAUUGUCUUCGGAACUCAUUUCCCCUUCACACGCACUCAACAUUUCUUCAUGGAUCCAUCGGUUCAAGAACUACAUUUCCCUGGCAUUACUAAGAUCCCCAUAACCAUUGACCGUAUAGCUCCAGUCCUACCAGCAGGCUCCAUUCCGGUUGGCCAUGGGGACACCCUAUACCUCUCAAACCUAGAUGACAUGGUUGGAGUUCGUGUCUUUACUCCAACCAUAUACUUUUACCGCCGACCGCGUUGCAUUUCUAAUCAGAAACCAGAGGUGAUGAACAAUGCCCUUGAAGAAGCCCUUGCGCAUGUAUUGGUGCCUUACUAUCCUUUCUCGGGUAGGUUACGAGAGACGGGAAACGGAAAGCUAGAAGUGUUUUUUGGGCCAAACCAGGGAGCAAUUCUUGUGGAGGCACACUCACAAAUGAGUUUAGAGGAUCUUGGAGAUCUUACUGUUCCAAAUCCUGAUUGGAAGUCUCUGGUUUACAGCUUCCCAAACGAAGAACAGUAUAAAGUGAUUGACAUGCCUUUGUUAAUAGCCCAAGUAACUCGGUUCAACUGUGGUGGGCUGAGUCUUGGGCUAAGAAUCUGCCAUUGCCUCUGUGAUGGCGUAGGAGCAAUGCAGUUUCUCAAUGCAUGGGCUGCCACAUGCAGAAAAGGUGGUUCGUUCAUACUAAGCCCCAAACCCUAUUGGGGCAGAGAAUUUUUCCGAGCGCGUGACCCCCCGAGAGUCGAAUACCCACAUGCCGAGUUCUGGAGAAUCGACGACGGAUCAAGCCUAACUAGAAGUCUUUGGGAAGCGAAGCUGUAACACUUGAGAUUUAAUAUAAAUGGAUUAAUAGUACUACUCAUACCAACAGAGGUGCAUCUCCUUUUAAGGGAGCUCAUUACCCAAGAACUCCAAAGUUAAGCGUGCUUGCACGGGAGUAGUCUUGGGAUGGGUGACCCCCUGGGAAGUUUCUCAGGGCGCGCACGAGUGAGGACAAAGUGCGCGGUAAAGGCUCGUGGUGGUUUGUGGGGACAGUACUAUUGGUCCGGAGUAACUACCUCGGGUCCGGUGGGGCCGGGGUGUUACAGGUGGUAUCAGAGCAACCCCGCGACAGUGUGAUGACCCGUUGGAUAUCGGGCGGGCACUUAGCGGGGGAAGAUUCUGGGAUUUGAUUGAGAUUUGAGAUUGGUUCAAGGGCGCAACGAGGACGUUGCGAUCCUAAGUGGGGGUGAUUGUAACACUUGAGAUUUAAUAUAAAUGGAUUAAUAGUACUACUCAUACCAACAGAGGUGCAUCUCCUUUUAAGGGAGCUCAUUACCCAAGAACUCCAAAGUUAAGCGUGCUUGCACGGGAGUAGUCUUGGGAUGGGUGACCCCCUGGGAAGUUUCUCAGGGCGCGCACGAGUGAGGACAAAGUGCGCGGUAAAGGCUCGUGGUGGUUUGUGGGGACAGUACUAUUGGUCCGGAGUAACUACCUCGGGUCCGGUGGGGCCGGGGUGUUACAGAAGCCCUUACAGAAAUGUUAUAGGGUUACACGAGAGUACCAGGCUGUUGUGAAAAGCCUAGCUCGACCUGCUGGGGAUUCCACCACCACCACCUUUGAUGCCAUGGCAGCUCAUGUAUGGAGGUCAUGGGUUCGAGCCCUCGACGUAACACCUCUUGACUAUCAGCUCCGACUUACAUUUGCUGUUAAUGCACGCCAGAAGCUCAAGAAUCCGCCUUUGAGAGAAGGGUUUUAUGGCAAUGCAUUGGCCGUGGCUUGUGCCACAAGCACGGUAGCUGGGCUUCAUAGUGGGCCUUUGGCGGAAACAACCCGGUUGGUUCGCGAGGCACGCUUGGCCGUCUCAGAGGAAUACCUGCGGUCCACAAUUGACUACAUUGAAGUGGACAGGCCUAGGAGGCUUGAGUUUGGAGGGAAAUUGAGCAUUACCCAAUGGACCAGAUUCUCAUUAUACGAAUCUGCAGACUUUGGUUGGGGAAGGCCCAUUUAUGCAGGCCCAAUAGACCUGACUCCAACCCCACAAGUUUGUGUUUUCUUGCCAGGAGGAAGUGGGGAUUCUGAUGGAACAAUGCUUGUUUGCAUUUGCCUCCCAGAGUCUGCAAGCAAUAAAUUCAAAGAGCUUUUGAGCUGCUGCUCUUCCUCCAUAACUCUCAGCUAGAUGAGCCAAGCAUUAGUUCGGACAGUUAGAUUUAUAUGUAAGAUCCAAUAUAUCUGUCCAAAUUAAAAGCCAUCCAUCAGUCUAGAAGGC